ACCGGUUGACCCUCUCCGAUCCGGCGACGGCGACCCUCCAGCCUGCACCUUCUACUUAUCUAUUCACCUCCCACAUCGCAGAUUCCCAACAUGUCGGAAGAAACACCUUCUUCCCCCCAGACUGAAGCACGGAAUGUUCAACAAUCCGACGAAACGAAGUCGACCCCGCCGACAGCAUCUUCGCUCACUGUCAAUGCUCUAAAUCCUAACGAAGUCGAUCGCAAUGAACUCGUUUCGCGAGCCAGAACUUUUCUGAGAGCUCCUCAGAUACAAAACCAGGAUAUUUUUGCUAAACGGAAAUUCUUAAUAGAUAAAGGCCUCAACGAACCAGAAAUAGAACAACUUCUGCGAGAGCUUCCUCCUCAACUCCCCAAUGUACCUCCGAGAACGUAUCCGCAGCUCCCUCCGUCUGGGCUUCCGACAUUACUGCUUGGAAUUGUGCGAUUAUUUUCGUGGAUUGUCGGCGGUUCCACCUUGUUGUUAUUCAUAUAUCACCGUUUCCUUAUGCCUCGCAUCAGUCAAACGUCCCGUGCUAGAUGCUCGUUGAAGACCCAUCACUUGACUCUCUUACAGAAACUCAACACCUCUCUGAAGUCGUUGAAAGAGGCUCAGUCAAACGCGUUCGCUGUUCUGCCAUCCCCAGAACUGUAUAAAGAGCCUGUGGAUUACUCCGGAUGCCAUACCGUCGACGAUGUCUUACAGCAAGCCGAGAAACUGAAGACAGAAACCCGGAGCCUUCCUCACAUCACCCUUUUACGUUGUGGAAUUGAGGAGUUCAAGAAUAGGUCUGGUCCGGAAGACUCAGCCGUUCCGUCCACAGAGGAAUUGUUCCAAGUGUUAGAAAGCAAAAUACCUUGGCUAGUUUCUGAGGAUGGAGUUGCAUUCGAGCAUGAAUUAUGGAACACCUUAUCCAACUCCGCUGUUUUUGAAUCGUCUGAUGCCCCUGGAGCGGAAGGCCAAACUUCCGCAGCAACACAUUGGAGGUAUAUCGCCCCAGAGCCAGUACCUCCACCUCCAUUGACAUCGUCCUUGGAAACUCUUUCGUCUACGAUCUUUCAGGGUCGAAGAACCACCUCUCAUCAACGCACCCUCCAAUCCCUUUCAGAAUUCACCGGCUACAUCUCCACUCAAGUUUACGCACCAUACAGGCCACCCUCAUCCAUUACAAGCAAUCCUUUGAAUCCGACACCAGAAGACGAAUUGAAGAAGGAAAUUCGCGCUUUGAAGGGAUUGGUACUGAAUAGGCGCUCGUUCUUACCCACCAUCCCAAAGACGGGUUCAGUAGGCCCGUCGUAAUACUUAUGUAACAUGUGUCAUAGAUUGUGUUUUAACUGAAUGAAAUAUUCGUUACGACUGGU